AUGGGCUCUCCCAAGGACAUUGGUGCUCCCAGGGCCUUGCCAGGGACGGUGGCGAACCCAGGGGCCCUCCCAGGGACAGCGACGCACCCAGGGGCCCUCUCCGGGAUGGUAGCCAGGGACAGCAGAGCUCCCAGGGCUGGCGCCGACCCCAGGAACCGUACCAAGGGUCCCGGUGGGCCCUACGACAUGCUUAACCGUCGUGGGCAUUCCCAGAGACGGGAGCGCUUGCAGGGACACUCCCAGGGACUUUUGCACCCUGGGGACUCUUCCAGUAACAGCGGCGUCCCAGGGGCCCUCCCAUGUACGACGGCACACCCAGGGGCCCUGCAACAGGCGGUGGUGCCCCCAGGGACCUUGCCAGAGGCAGUGGCGUCCUCAAGGGCCUUGCCAGAGGCAGUGGCGCCUUCAGGGGCCUUGCCAGUGGUGCUGGCGCCCAUAAGUUCUCUCCCUGGGACAGUGGCCUUCCAAGGGGUCCUCCCAGAAACGGCAGCACUCCUAGGGGCUUGGCCAAGGGCAGUGGCGUGUUCCCAGGGGCCCUGCCAGCGACAGCGGCGCUCACAUAGGCUCUCCCAAGGACACUGGUGCUCCCAGGGUCUUCCCAGGGACGGUGGAGAACCCAGGGCCCUCCCAGGGACAGCGUUGCACCCAGGGGCCCUCUCCGGGAUGGUAGCCAGGGAGAGCAGAGCUCCCAGGGCUGGCGCCGACCCCAGGGACCGUACCAAGGGUCCCGGUGGGCCCUACGACAUGCUUAACCGUCGUGUCAUACACUGGGUCCUGCAAGGGGCGUUCGCGGCCCCUGGGGCCUUGCCAGAGACGGUGGGGCCCUCAGAGGCCUUGCCAGGGGCGCUAUCGUCACCAGGGGCUCUUCCUGGGACAGCAGCUCUCCCAGAGACCCUCUCAGGAGCGGUGGCGUCCACUGGGGCCAUGUCAUGGACAGCGGAGCUCCCAGGGACCCUCCCAGGGGAAGCGCCGACCCAGAAAUCGUACCAAGGGUCCCCAGGAGCCCUAUGGGACAUGAGCGCUUGUAGGGAUCCUCCCAGGGACAGGAGUUCUCCCAGGGCCCGUGCCAUGGGCGGUGGCACCCCUACAGGCUCAUCCAGGGACAUUGGCAGACUCAGGGGCUCUCCCAGGAACAGCAGCGCCCGCAGGGACCGUGCCAAAGGCGGUAGCGCAAGCCAGGACGCUCCCAGGGACAGGGACGCUCCCAAGGGCCCUCCCAGAGAUGGCGGUGCCCCCAUUGACUCUCCCAGCGGUGGUGCCCCCAGGGACCUUGCCAGAGGCAGUGGCGUCCUUAAGGCCCUUGCCAGAGGCAGUGGCGGCUUCAGGGGCCUUGCCAGUGGUGCUGGCGCCCCCAGGUUCUCUCCCUGGGACAGUGGCCUUCCAAGGGGUCCUCCCAGAAACGGCAGCCCUCCCAGGGGCUCUGCCAGCGACAGCGGCGCUCACAUGGGCUCUCCCAAGGACAUUGGUGCUCCCAGGGCCUUGCCAGGGACGGUGGCGAACCCAGGGGCCCUCCCAGGGACAGCGACGCACCCAGGGGCCCUCUCCGGGAUGGUAGCCAGGGACAGCAGAGCUCCCAGGGCUGGCGCCGACCCCAGGGACCGUACCAAGGGUCCCGGUGGGCCCUACGACAUGCUUAACCGUCGUGGGCCGUCCCAGAGACGGGAGCACUUGCAGGGACACUCCCAGGGAGUUUUGCACCCUGGGGACUCUUCCAGUAACAGCGGCGUCCCAGGGGCCCUCCCAUGUACGACGGCACACCCAGGGGCCCUGCAACAGGCGGUGGUGCCCCCAGGGACCUUGCCAGAGGCAGUGGCGUCCUCAAGGGCCUUGCCAGAGGCAGUGGCGCCUUCAGGGGCCUUGCCAGUGGUGCUGGCGCCCAUAAGUUCUCUCCCUGGGACAGUGGCCUUCCAAGGGGUCCUCCCAGAAACGGCAGCACUCCCAGGGGCUUGGCCAAGGGCAGUGGCGCGUUCCCAGGGGCUCUGCCAGCGACAGCGGCGCUCACAUAGGCUCUCCCAAGGACACUGGUGCUCCCAGGAUCUUGCCAGGGACGGUGGAGAACCCAGAGGCCCUCCCAGGGACAGCGUUGCACCCAGGGGCCCUCUCCGGGAUGGUAGCCAGGGAGAGCAGAGCUCCCAGGGCUGGCGCCAACCCCAGGGACCGUACCAAGGGUCCCGGUGGGCCCUACGACAUGCUUAA